AUGACCAUGAAGUUUUCUUUCCCUUGCCCUAAAUGUUUCUCCUCUGCAUCAGAUAUCAUGGCUACCAGCAAGAACAAGACUGGUGGACAAACCACCAAGAAUUUCCAUGUAUUUUCCUACAAAGAAUUAAAAGCUGCCACUAAUGGAUUCCGUUCAUCCAACAAGAUUGGAGAGGGAGGAUUCGGCACUGUCUACAAGGGCCGGCUUGGAGAUGGAACUUUUGUGGCAGUAAAAGUGCUAUUGGUUGAGCUUGAAUCAUUGAGAGGUGAAAGGGAGUUUAUGGCUGAAAUAGCUUCACUCUUCCAUAUCAAACAUGAAAAUCUUGUUACACUUCGAGGGUGUUGUGUUGAAGGAGCUAAGAGAUUUUUGGUGUAUGAUCAUAUGGAAAACAAUAGCCUUGCUCACACCUUUCUUG